AGCGGUGUCCACAUUCACCAACUCCGACAAUUACACGCGUCCAGUACUAAUAGUGAGGCUGAUAUGGCAAGUAUUUGGUGUUGACUUCUCACCUUCUCAGUCUCCAGUCUUCUAGAAAGCCUCCAACUCAACAAUGUUUACAUCAUGGAUCUGUAGAGCCUGCCGCAAUGGCCUUGGCCCAGUCAGAAGCCAGAGCAUACAAAUUACCUCACGCCGGCAUCUGUCAACCAACAGCAAGUACUUUCGCGUAUCUGAAGAAGUCCAGCAAGCAAUUGCCGAGAAGAAGCCCGUCGUGGCAUUGGAAAGCACCAUCUACACCCAUGGCUUCCCGUAUCCGGACAAUCUUGCUCUCGCAUCAAAACUGGAAUCACUUGUAAGACUCAAUGGCGGCGUUCCGGCAACCAUUGGCAUCCUCGAGGGCGUGGCCAGAGUAGGCCUUGGUGCAGAUGAACUCGUGCGACUUGUGUCUGCCCCAGCCGCCAAAAUCUCAAGACGCGACUUUGGCUUCGUCUUAGGCCUCAAAGAUGCUGAGGGCAAAGCACUGAACGGCGGCACGACUGUCUCCGGUACCAUGAUCCUUGCGCAUAUGGCUGGCAUCAGAGUCUUCGGCACAGGAGGUCUUGGCGGCGUGCACAGAGGUGCUGAGCAGACCAUGGACGUUUCUGCCGACCUCACAGAGCUCGGUAGAACUCCUGUCGCGGUCAUCAGUUCCGGUUGCAAGUCAUUCCUUGACAUCCCGAAGACGCUAGAGUACCUGGAAACGCAAGGCGUUGCAGUAGCGACGUUUGCAGAUGGUCGGGCCGGAAAGGUCGACUUUCCUGCAUUCUAUACUCGCGACUCUGGUGUGAAGUCGCCACAGGUGCUGCAGACUGAGGAAGAUGCUGCGCGGAUCAUUUUGGCACAGCAAGCACUCGGCCUGCAGUCUGGCUUACACUUUGCGAAUCCCAUCCCAGAGCAAUAUUCAGUUCCGUUUCAACAAAUGGAGGAUGCGAUCCACCAAGCUUUACAGGAUGCUUCGGGCGCUGGAGCCAAGGGAGCUGCAAUCACGCCCUUCAUUCUGGACAAGAUCAAAGAGAUCACUGGUAGCAAGAGCGUAGAGGCCAACAGGGCCCUGGUGGAAGCCAAUGUGGUAAGGGCGGCGAAGGUAGCUGCAGCGCUGCAGAGGCUGGAGGCUGGAGAAUUGAGCGGAGCAGAUGCCUCUCAUUCGAACGCGGCGCAGGUGACUGGCCCCGCCGCUAGCAAUUACACCAGUAAUGGAGUGUCCGUUGGCGUGGCUUCAAGUUCUCCCGGCGAUGCUCGCUCUUUCUCACAGCACGAGAAGAAUACGAUGAAGGGCAUGCGGAAGAGAGGCUCCUCUUAUCAGGAGAUUGCCGCGAAGUUCAACGCCGAGCAACACAUCGCAAGCGUCAUUGAGGCUGUACGAGACUCUCCGAACCGACUGGCAUUUGGCGGAGCAGUAUCACCACACCCAGAGCCUACAGAAUCCACGCCACCCGAGACCAAAGCAUCUGUGUUCGUUGCUGGCAGUCUUGCAGUCGAUCUCGCCUGCGACUUUAAUCCGAAAAACGGCUCCUCCUUGCAGUCACCAGAGUUGAACACAUCGAACCCAGCCGAGAUCAUGCAAUCGCUCGGCGGAGUUGGCCACAACGUCGCGCGCGCGGCUCAUCUCAUGGGCGCAAAUGUCCGCCUCUGCAGCGCCAUCGGCGACGAUCUCACAGGCAAAGCCGCAUUAGAAGCCCUCUCAGCAGCCGAAAUGUCCACCGAAGGCAUCAAGACCUUGCCAUCCUCCAGCGAAACCCGAACAGCACAAUACAUCGCCGUAAACGACAAGAACAAAGACCUCGUCCUCGCAAUGGCAGACAUGAGCAUCCUCGAAACCCCCUCAACCAAAACCUCCAUUUUAAACGACACAUUCCAAAACUUCUGGCUCCCUCAACUCCACUCCCACAACCCCUCCCACCUCGUCCUAGACGGAAACUGGAGGCCCGAAUGCCUCGCCCACUGGCUCUCUUCCACCAAAACACCAUCCUCCCAGGAUAAACCCCACAUAACCUUCGAACCCGUCAGCACAAGCAAAAGCACAAACCUCUUCCACCUCCCCCCAAAACUCCACACCCUCUCCACCUUCCCCAACAACUCCAUCGACCUCACAACCCCCAACGCCUACGAACUAAACGCAAUGUACACCGCCGGCCGCUCAACCGGAACCUUCGAUUCCAAAUCCUGGUGGUCCAUCAUCGACGCCCUCGGAAUUCCUCACAGCGGCGCUCGAGCACAGAUGACAUUCGCUACGAAUCGUCGUCUGGUCGAUGAAGGGAUUCCGCAGCAGACGAUUCAGUUAUUACCGUUUAUUCCUACUGUUUGCUGUAAACUUGGUGCGGAAGGAGUGCUGUUGACGCAGCUUCUGCCGGCUGGAGAUGAGAGGUUGAGUGAUGGGGCUUAUGCGCCGUAUAUUUUGUCGAGAUGCGCGAAUGGGACGGAGGAGAGUGUGGGUGUUGGGGGAGUUUAUAUGCGGUUGUUUCCCGCGGUGGAGGAGGUGAAGACGGAGGAUGUGGUGAGUGUGAACGGCGUGGGAGAUACGUUUGCAGGGACGAUUGUGGCAGGUUUGGCUGGGGCUGCGGAGAAGGGAAAGACAAGUGCGAGAGUGGAGGAUUUUAUUGAUGUUGCGCAGAGGGCGGCGGUGUUGACGUUGAAGAGUAAGGAGAGUGUUAGUCCAGGUUUGGGGACAUUGAGGUUGUUGUUAUAGGGCGGGAGAAGAAGAGAGAUGUUGUGUAUAUUGGCAGUUUCAUAUUGACUGCAUAGUCGUUUCUCCAAACAUAAGAGGGUAUCGUGUGUGAAUAUUAGCAAUGAUAUGGUUCAAACCAACGCCCGCUCUCCGAGUCCUGUUUACGCCCAAUAACGCUCAGCCCAAGGGUAUCCAACCAGUCAUUAGCAAAUCACAGAUCGUUACAAUCGUGCAGCAUCUCGUCAUGAUGUGCCAUUACUCCUCCUCCCAGACAACAUUAUGUGCGAAAUCCCUCGCCUUCUCUCUUCUGAUCCUCCCUGCAAGUUGCGGAGUCCACAUACCCAAGAAUAGCGCCUCUCUCUCAUCCUCGUCCUCACUAUCAAAUUCCAGCUCCUCUUUCGGCAUCGUCAACUCUGUCGGUGGACAAGCCGCGGCACUACUUCGCCUUCUCAGACUGUCCCUUCUCACAUCAUCCAGCAAGCCCUGCUCGUCAACCGUAUCGGUAGUCUCCCACGUACUUGAUCGGCAAACACGCUUAGUUUCGAGGAUGAACUUUCCGAUCUUGUACUUUUGCGAUUCGUCUUCGGCGUGAAUGUACUUCCAUCCGAGCACUGAACCGCAUUGCGAACAGGAGAUAUCUCCGACGGUGUGAGCGCCUGUGACGAGCUGUCGAGGAACGGGCUUGUGGGUGUAGGUGUUUGGUAAGUUGGGGAGAGCAUCGUUGCGCGCUUUGGCAGUCAUGUGAGAGGAUGUGGGAAUUGAGCUGGCCGAUAUGGCGCUUGUUGAAGGAGCUACGAGAUAGGCGCGUCCAUGUCUGCCGGUGAAGCCUUUGGAGAUGAUCUGGCUGCUGAGCGCGAGAUCGGAGAGACAACGGGCACAGCGGAGGUGUGAAGCAUGACCGGCUAGAUAUGUGUCGUCUGCGGUGGAUGUGGAGCUGGUAGUUAGAUUGGAGCUGAUGGAAGCAUUGCUAUCGGUGCUCGAUUUCCGUUUCCGGAACGGUAGCGAUGGGACGAGGUAAGUAGGAAACAGCGCGGGGGCGGAGGCAAUCGACGAGAAUGGCAUAUCGCCGUGUCGACCUAGGUGAAGUGCGAAGAAGAUGAGCGCGAGGAGUGGUAGAUUGUGCGACAGAUAUGCCGCGAGCCAGUCUAGGAUGAGCUUCUACCAGACCAUAGUCUUGCUGCUGCUGUAGGGAAUCUGUCGCGGACGUAGGGAUAUCGGAGUGUCUGUGGUGCUGUGAGUCAGGCCGGUAUACGAUGCUUUGCCCUGCUGGCAACCUGCAAGGUAAUUGAGAAGGUGAGCGAGGUUUUGAUCCGCCCUUUCCCACAGCCGCGCAGUGCUGCGAUAUGCGGACAGAUCGGGUGAUUCAACGAGCACAUGAUUGCCUGACCGCCCGUAAGUCCGCAGGUCAUCUGCGCCGGCAGAGCUCGCAUCGUCA